AAGAUACAUUUAAAAUGAAUUUCAGUCAUUCUCUGUUAACGCUUGUAGUGUUGAUCUGUUUUAUUACCCUUUCUAACGGCAAUACAGACCACGAUGAGUGUGCGAGUGAGUGUGAUGGCACAUGUCGUAAGAAACACUGCAAUGACAAUGAGCAUGAAUCGGAUAAUCCAAGCUGCAUGAACGAUUGUGCUGAAAACAAAGGUCGGAUAUGCUGUGUGGGAGGUGUUGUAGGUAAUGAGUGUGCAAGUGAUUGUGAUGGUCAAUGCCGUAAAAAACACUGCAAUGACAAUGAAAUUGAAUCAACUAAUCCUAGCUGCGUACAAGAUUGUGCUGAUAAUAAAGGUCGGAUAUGCUGUGUGGUAGAUGAUGAUCCAACCGAAUAUGACUGCGAAAGUACCUGUGGUGGUACAUGUCGUAAACAUUGCAAACGAGGUGAACAAGAUGCGGAACCUGUAGAUGAGUGUGUUGCAACGUGUCUAACGGAUUAUAGGUGUUGUGUGCCAGAUCAUAAUGAGUGCAAAAAUAUAUGCAAUGGAGAAUGCCGUUCAAAACACUGCGAUAGAGAAGAAAAGGAGUCAAAUAAUUCAAUAUGCGUGAAAGAUUGUGAUGAUAAAAAUGGUCGAAUAUGCUGUGUACCGGAUGGUGUGAAUAAUGAGUGUGAAAGUGAGUGUAAUGGCCAAUGCCGUACAAACAACUGCGAUGACGAUGAAAUCGAGACAACUAAUCCAAGCUGCAUCCAUAUUGUGAAGAUAACAAUGGUCAGAUAUGCUGUGUAA